UCAUGCUUUAGUUCAUAGUCCUUGGAUUAGUGAGAUUGCUGAUUGGAAAUGGUGUAAUCGGCGAUAUAUUCGUAUUCAUUAAGAAAUCAUUGAACAUGACGUGAUAGUAAAUAUGCAUGAACUUUUUCGUCAUGUAGCGAAGACAGUUUAUCGUGAUUUAAUUUCAAAAUUAGUGCAGCAUUGUCAACGUCAAGAGUUAAUAAGCAGUUGAUGCCCAGAACCGUCUGUUGGUUUCGUUUAGCUCUUUGUGCUUUGCCAAACUGAAGUCGGGUUUGUGACCUGACGGAUAUUUUAGUUAGGCUGGAUAAACGUCGAACUUUCUGAUGACUUGGUAUUUCAAGAAAUUGCAUAUUUUUGGUAAGAAGCCAAACUGAAAGGAGCCAUGGCGUCGAUGAUGAAGAAGGGCAAGCGUGGUGCAGCUGCGUACGUGCACGCAGAUUGCUCAAAUUCUUCAUCACCACAACGUCUUUAUGAGUUACUGGCCGUGUUGUUAAAUCCGAGGAAAGCAAUUGAUGAGUGGGAAACCAUUGAUUGGUGUAAAUGGUUGAUGGCUGGUGGAAGGACACCAGAUGAAUUUGCUAGUAUAGUUCGUAGGUAUGACAAUGCCACAACCUGUGGGCUGGUGUGGACCGCUAAUUUUGUGGCAUAUCGAUGUCGUACAUGUGGGAUUUCGCCCUGUAUGUCCCUCUGCUCUGAUUGUUUCAAGAGUGGGAACCAUGACGGGCAUGACUUCAAUAUGUUCCGUAGUCAGGCCGGGGGUGCUUGUGACUGUGGUGACACAUCUGUCAUGAAAGACACUGGAUUUUGUGAUCGUCACGGGCCGAGAGCUCAGGUGAAUAAAACUGCGGUGCCCAGUGAUCUGAUGUGUGUGGCCGAGGCAGUGAUGCCUUGCAUCAUACUGAGGCUCAUUCAACACUUCAGGGAGUACAGAAAAUCAGGAGAUCGUGAUUCUCAUCUGGUAGUCAUCGAUGAAGCGGACUCAUUCCUGACAAUGCUCCACGAGUUCAGUGCGAUGGGUGCUGCCAUGAGAAGAGUGAUGACAGGUGCACUCACCAACCCUCAGAUCUACAAGAAUCUUGUGAACUGUAGCGAAGAAAGUUCUGGUUCAUCAGAAUAUCACAGAUAUAUGGCUGCGAGCAAGGAAAUGUACACAGAAGCUGUAUUAUCUCUUCCCAAUCCUGAACCACCAGAUGAGUACAGAGACUGUCCAUCCCUCCAAGAGCAGCUGAUACACCGAACAUUCCUUGAAGAGAUGGUGUUCUGGACUGUACGAUUCGAAUUUCCACAGCGAGUUGUUUGUCUCUUGCUCAACAUGUUACCAGACAAUGAUUACAAGGAAGCUUUAACAGAAGCGUUCGUGCUGCACUACAGUCGCAUUUCAAUGAUGCUGGAAAAAGCAAAAGAUCCUGAUACACUGUCUAACAGAGUGGUCCACGUGAGUGUGCAGCUGUUCAGUAACGAGAGCUUGGCAUUUAGGAUGGUGGAGAAUCUGAAACUACUUCAUGUGAUGGUCAUAAGCCUGAAGUACAUGAUGAGCAAGAUACUUAUCCAGAACUCCCUUCAUGAUCCAGACAAGAAUUUCCACUAUGUGGUGGACUGUGGAAGUAAUAUAAUGAAAGAACACUGUUACUGGCCUCUGGUGUCAGAUCUGAACAACGUACUGUCACACCGUCCAGUUGCAGUAAAGUUUAUGAGCGAUGACAAUCUGCUGGAGAUGUGGUUUGCAUUCCUGUCAAUGUUUCAAGGCAUGAAUGUGAACUUUCGAGAGAUGGGUCAACAUGUCGAAUUCGAGCCCAACACAUACUAUGCAGCUUUCUCAGCUGAACUUGAGUCAAGUGCAUACCCCAUGUGGGCCUUAUUGUCACAUCUGUCAGACCCCAGUACUGUGGAACUAACUCGGCGGGUUCUUGACACAUGUCAGAUUGCACUGCAGGACUGGCUGGAUGCCAUCCACUUCACCGACUCCGUCAUGGAUGAUAACCUCCAAGUGUCUUUCCAUCUGCCGUUACAUCGCUAUUUGGCAGUGUUCAUGUGCCAGGCCAUCAAACAUCAGGGACUCUCUCUCAAGGAUGUGCUGCCACCAAUGGAUGUUUUGAAGCUCAUCAUGAUGCAUCCACUUCGCGUCCAGGUUGCAUUCUAUGAAAUUUUGAGUGGCAUGUGGGUGCGCAAUGGCCUACAGAUCAAGGGGCAGGCCAUGACGUAUAUCCAGUGCAAUUUCUGCAACUCGAUGGUAGAUGCUGACUUGUACCUCUUGCAGAUUUGUGCUACGCAGCUCCCGUCCGAGAUGUUCCUCACCACAGUUGUGGAUAAGUUCCACAUAACAGAGUGGAUGAAUCUGGCUCACUAUGUGAUGAAAUGUGACACAUUUCUGGAUGGGGAACAUGACACCCCAAUGGUGGAUAGCUGUCUCACGUUCCUGGCAACCCUCAUGAACACACGGACUAAUUUGGGUGUGACUGAUGCGUCACUCUCCCAGCUUGAGAUAGUAACGUUGCUGUGUAUGGCAGACAGGACCCACAGUCAGCUGAUGGAGCUCAUGCCAGAGCGUUGUGGGGCAGGGCAGAGCAGAGAUUUUGAACUUGUAUUGUCUAAGGUUGCAGACUUCAAGGCCCCAGUCCUGGAAGUCAGUGGCCAGAUGCUGCAAGGAAUGUAUGCCCCGAAACCAGUGGUGUGGGAGGAGCUCUAUGAUCCAAUACACAUUAUGCUAAGGGCCGUACAUCGACGUGACUUCCAGACGUCUAUGGACAGAUAUACUGAGUAGGCUUCUCGACCAGAGCCGAACGAGAUAACGGAGGGGGACCUGAAUUCGUGGUACAAGUCGGAUUGGCUCUCAAGUAAUCUCCGAACUGUCAUCAGUGGGAUCAAAGUGGUGCCAGAGCCGGCCGUUGUAUAUGACAGUUCUGACAGUGAAAUAGAGUGGGAAACAUCAGAAGUCGAGGGAGAUAUUUCGGAACUAGCGGCCAGUAGUAGCAUGGUUGGUGGAACGAGUUCAGUGCUGAUGCUGGAAGGAACGUCAGUGCCAGCACUUGACAUCAACUCGUCAUAUGGUGAGAACAGUCUGGCACUCACUGUCCCACAGAGGGAUGUGGUGGUGGUAUCUUCGCCAGACAGUCCACGUGAAAACGGAGCUGCUCUACCCUCCAUACAGCGGCACCUGGCUGUACUGGCUGGAACUGAGGUGGUACCUGCUAGCACUAGCAGUGGCAGCAGUGCAGGCCCAAGCGUUAGCCAACCUGCUCUACCCGACGUCCCCCAGCACCUGGCAGUCCUUGCCGGUACCGAGAUAGUUCCUGCUACCAGUACCGGUCUCUCUGGUGCAUCAACAACAGACCUGAGUGUAGUGCCGGGCUACCACUACAUGCCUAAUGCUGUACCAGUAACAGUGCAUGGAGCACAUAACCAGAUCGCCCUGGCACCACACAACUCCUCCGAGGUCGUGCCAGCUUCAUCUGGAUCUCGGAAGGGAUUGCUCAAACCCAGAAGACAUGUUACGCCUGGUCCACCUAGCAGCCCAGAGAUAGUAGAAAUGAACGAAAGCAUAAUAUCCCUACUCCUGAAGCUUCAUUCCCUACUCUCUGGGGCUCCAGACAGCUAUAACCCUGAUGAAUCUUCCAGUAAUAAUAGUGCUAAUCAGUCACCUGACAGUCGAAUAGGGGAUGGGCCACAUUUCAUAGGAAUGCUGCUUCGACGGAUAUCAGCCCUGGACCCACUAUGCAAAGAUGAUGUAAAACAGACUCGGUGUCGUCUGUGGCCUCAGGCGAAGGUACAUGAUGAUGAAGACCAAAGACAAAAAGAUGCAAAAGAGAAAGAGAGGAAACAGAGAGCAAAGGAAAGGCAGCAGAAGGUUAUGGAACAGUUUGCUUCCCAGCAGAAAAUAUUUCUGGAUAACAUUCAGGAAAAAGAUGACGAAGAUUUGGCAGGAAUGGACUGCACUGAGGAGCAGCGGCCCACGUUAUCAGCCAGUAUGCCAAAGUACCAGUGUGUGAUAUGUGGUCAGUUGACGCAUAGUACCGCAGCAGAACCAAUGGGUGUUGUGGUACUACUGCAAUCAACAAGUGUCUUGGGCCACAAGCGGCGGUUAACUGAUCGGCCAGUAUUGCCAACAAGUGAAGAAGAACGCCAGAAUCUGUGGAGAGAUGAUACUCUGGCAAGUCACUUUGACCGCCGUAUGGAGGAGCUUAGUCGUCAGUUUGAUGCUCUGUUAUGGCAGUUGACAGUGAACCUUGGUUGGGAAGGUGGUAUUUAUGUGCAGACUUGCGGUCAUCACUUGCAUCUGCAGUGCCUUUCAUCGUACCUCAACUCUCUGCGCAGUCAGCAGCGGCAGCAGAACCUGUCUGUUGAGAGGGGGGAGUAUCUGUGCCCUGUGUGUCGACAGCUUUCCAAUUCAGUACUGCCAUUGUCUCCGCAACUCGGGGAGUGUUCAGCUGUUGUCAGAUCUCAACCGGCCAAUCUGGAUUCUUUAGCCAUCGAGAUCAUCCGUUUGCUCAAUGAAAUAAAAUGUGCUCCAGAUGACUCAUCAUUAGGAGAAGCACUGGGGAAAGCAAUGGAAGAUAUGACAAAUAGCACUUACCACAAGUUUAAGCAGAGAAGUCGUGCACCCACAUCACACAGUGUGUUUCUGUUUGUCACCUCCAUUGCAAGGACGAACCUAGAAGUGGAGCUGGUGCAAAAAGGAAAUUCUCUUGUUACUUGUGCAAGCAGUUGUGGCUUUGCGUCUGGCAGUGCUUCUUGGACUGCUGAUAGUGGUUUGGGCGCCGCAUCUGGUAGCGUGUCUGGCACGGACACCGUCCUCAUUGACAAUAUACCAGUACCACUUACAUCUAAACGCUCUUGUAUAGUGCCCCUCCUGCACGUGUUAGCUGUGCAUAGUCGUAUACUAUUAUCCUGGCCAGUCUGGCAUACAUUUGAACAGUUGGCCGGAGUGUGGUUAGAACCUCGAGAACCUCUGGCUCUUACACCGUAUGAGAGAGAGGUGCCCCUCCUGCUGCAAGAUCCUACUGCACUUCUAAUUCAGUUCAUUCUGCUGCUCCCUCUGCAUGUAGAUCAAUCUAUCUUCUCAUGUAUCGUCAAAGUGUUGUACAACCUGCUGUACGUCCAAGUCGCAAUGCAGCUGAGCUGUCAUAUGACAGAUGCAGAACGAGCUAAGUGGCAUGCCUCUCAAUUUGGACAGUUAAGCAGUCAUGAAGGUAUGAUGUCACUGGACUCGGUGAUGGCGCUCAUCAUCGGUCUUCUCGAGCAGACUCACUUGUACCAACUGGAGGACCAGAACUGCAGUGUACGAGAGACAGGAACCAACAUGGUUGUGUCGCAGGCCGAGAGGGAGAGAGUGGAAAUGAAGAUUCAAGAACUGUGUUUACCAUUCCUGCGAAUAGUAGCUCUGUUGCGCCAUCAUCUGUACAAUCAGAACCUUCCGGACAUCACCAGUCCAGAAUCUGAGUUUGUGGGACUUGUGUACUACUUAGAACUGGUUACUGAAGGAAUGGACUUGAACCGUUUUAAUGCGGCAGUUGCACUCAAUUGGCCUGCGAGUGGCAGCGAAACUGGUCAAUCUUGGUGUGGGGAGCUGGUUGUCUUCGUGAAUCUCAGCCAGAUAUCUGCACAUAACAUUCUUAUUGAUCAUCAUAUCACGUGGCAUCGGCCGCGACUACUUAGACUACCUCACUUGUAUGAUACUAUUUUCCAGUAUUACCAUCGGAAACAGUGCAAUCAAUGCCAUUCAGUACCACGUGAGAUCAGUAUUUGUCUGCUUUGUGGAACGGUGGUCUGCCUUAAGGAGUCAUGUUGCAAGCAGUCGAAUGUGUGCGAGGCUGUGCAGCAUUCUAUUGACUGUGGAGGGGGCACUGGAAUCUUUUUAGUAGUUACUUCUUCAUGCAUAAUUGUGAUUCGGGACAAACGUGCUUGUCUUUGGGGCUGCGUCUACUUGGACAGCUUUGGCGAGGAGGACAGAGAUCUCAAACGUGGAAAACCCCUGUACCUCAGCAGAAGUCGCUAUUGGCUGCUGGAACAACAGUGGCUUUCCAUUCGUUUCGAUCACACGGUCAGGAAGUGGAUAUGGCAUCGUGAUGGACUGUGAGGCAAACCUAGUUACAUUAGUCAAUAAAGGCACCUUAAAGUGAGGUAAUACAUUGCACAAUCUGAAGUAAGGUGGGAGUCGACACUACGCAACCAGCCAUGCCCCUGCAUCGUUAAGCUAACCAGAGGACCAGCUAUAUGUAUCCUGGUGUGUCACUAACGCGUGGACAUAAUGUGAUCUGAAUUCCUUGAUAAAAUUAAUUUUGGUUGAAUUUGUUUUAUAUCCUCUGCUUAAAAAAAGAAUGUAAUAUCCCAGAUUUCUAUAACAGCAAAGUUAAUAUCCAUAUCUUGAAUUUCAUGGUCUUUAUAAUUUGCAUAAGGAUGACAUUCUGUAAUGCAACUGUCAUAACCCAUGGGCACACUGCUGCGUCAAAAUAUUGAGUUUUGACCUUUUGUAGGACUAAAAUCUUGUGAGGUAAUAUUUUCAAGUGUUGAAUUGUAACUUUGUAUAUGAUUUGAAUGUUCUGAUGCUUGUUUGAAGAACUUACUAGGUAUGCACGAGAAUAGCUAUCAGUUUGAAAUGAGAGUCUGUAAAAAAUUAGGCAUAGGAAGAAAAUUUUGUCAGCUCUCACAUGCUAAAUAUUAACCAUACAAAUUUAGAAGAUUGAUGAUGGAAAUUCUUAUAUCACAUUUCUUUUGAUAAUAAUAUGUCGUCAUAAGUUCCUUGUUGUGAAAAUUCCAUACUUGUGCAAUUUAUGAAAGGAACAACCAUGUGAGACAGACAAAUGUAAGAAGUAUGGAUGUUUUAUUUUAAGAGGAAGGCAUAAUUGGAGUCACAGGUAUAAUUUCAUGUAACAGUUGUUUUUAAAUAUGUUUUACACAUUUUGCUAAUAAACUUUGAAAUUUAA